AUGAGAGAUCCUAGAAGUUUUACAAUACCUUGUUCAAUUGGAGAAAUUUAUAUUGGACAUGCUCUAUGUGAUUUAGGGGCAAGCAUAAACCUAAUGCCUCUAUCAACUUUUAAACAAUUGGAGAUUGGAGAACUCAUGUCCAUAUCAGUGACCCUUCAAUUAGCAGACCGAUCACUUAUUCAUUCGAAAGGAAAGUUAGAAGACGUGUUGGUUAAAGUGGAUAAAUUCAUCCUUCCUGCUGAUUUCAUUAUACUUGAUUAUGAAGUUGAUAAAGAUGUCCCUAUUAUCUUGGGACGACCAUUUUUCUCCACUGAGAUAGCUCAGAUUGAUGUGCACAAAAGAGAGAUUGCAAUGAAUGGCAAUGGUCAAAAGCUGAAGUUCAGCAUCAUUAAGGCGGUGAGCUACCCGGUUGAAGCACACUCAUGCGAUAUAGAUGGGAAUGGCCAUGCAGCUUUGAUUGGGAAGUAG